GGGCAAGCGCAGACACCUACCACACUUGCAGCCACGAUCCUCUAACACCAACGGACGCAAGAGAGAUUUGCUGGUUGAAACCGGACUCGCCACCACACAAGGCUUUACAAGACAUUAUUCUCAGUAAGAAACUGUUAAAAGAUAUACAGAAGAUGACUCUUUUCAAACAUACAGGAUCUCUUGAGGUUUUCCAUGGAAUGCUCCUUAAGUAUUGUCCCAAAAGAGAACAUUUCAGUUAUGAGGGUCAAAGAGCCCGUCUGCAGCUAGCUGUUUUAGACCACAAUGAAAAUGUCGGACGACAACAGGCAGUUACUCAGGAUGGAUCGCUGCGAUUUUACCAAGCAUUUUCCAAGCGUCAAGGCAAGUGGGUUCUCAAGAAAGUUAACUGUGAAAAAACAUACAAAUUUCGUGCGAGGUUAAUGGAAAUGUUGCAUGCUCGACGAGAGGACCAUACGAUUGUAUUAGGUCAACAGUAUGUUAGCAGACCUGAUCUACCACAAAACAUUGCACGAUCAGAAAAGCCAGCAAAAGAGGAUACAAUUGCUUCUUUCAGAACAAGAUUUAAAUUAACCUAGUUCAUAAUCUAUUUAUUUAUUUAUUUUUUUUUAUUUUUUGUAUUUUUAUUUUUUUUUUCUUAUGGUUUGUUCUGAAAUAUGAACAGUAUUUAAUAUCUACUGAAUUUGUUUUAAGAACAAUAAUAAAUGUUUUAUAAUUUUAAUUAUAUUCGAAAAUAAUUUAGAUCUUGGGCCUUGUGUACUUUCAUUGCAUAAAUUAAUGUUUGUGACAAGCUUCUGAUGUGCUAUACAGUACAGUAUUAUUUGCAUAUGCAAAUGUAUUCUUUCUCUUUUCAGCAUAUUUCUUGAGUUGUGCUAUUCAGUACAGUAUUAUUUGCAUAUGCAAUAAUGUUGACAGCUGGAGAGGAAACUUUUUAACUAUAUGAAUCUAGGAAUAAUUAACUCUUUGCCUUUUACUCUGUACUGUGCUUUCAUUGCAUACAAUAAUAAAGUUUGUGAGAAGCUUACAAAGUUUUUCAGCAUAUAUUCCCCUUUCUGUUGUUAAUUACUUUUAAUAAAUCAUUAAUAAAUUGAAAUUGAUAUGUAUGAAAGUGGUUGAUUUUUUUUGUACUCAUGCUUAUGGUUUGCCACUGCACGUCGUCUUAAUAAGUUGGCUGCCUUCUUACAUACAAGCUAGCCUUCAGCGAGACCCUUGCAUUUGUCAAACAUCAGCCUGUUACUGAUUGUACACCAUUUAUGAUUUCCUUCAGAUUGAUAAUUAAAGGUUGUACUGAGUUAGCCAACAGCUUUCACUUAGGUUUUUUUUAAUUUUUUUCUCGCAAGCCUUUAAAUGAAUUCAAAAUGUGGUGUUGCAUUCCGUAACACUACAGUAUCAAGGUCAGAUCGAAGCACGCUUCAGCCAGCCAGGCAACUAGUAGGGGUAGAUCCUUGAAUUUGGGAAAGGGAGAAUUCUUUAAGUUUGCUUAAAGAAUUUUGAAGCCCAAAAUGCUAAUGCCCAUUAAAUAUAUUAAUGGUGGCGUACCUGUAUAUAAAUAUCUACUCUAAUAUUUAGUAUUAACGCAUGAGGAAUUUAAGGGAACCAAACAAAAGCAACUAAAUUAAAAAUAGGCGAAAUCUAUACGCCGCCAAAUAUUAAAUGUUGAAAAUAAAAUGUUCAAA